UGAACCAAUAGCAAUGGACCAACGAAAGACAACAGGAAGUACAUGUCAUUAGCAUUAUUCUGUCAAAGGCGAAGCCGCUGAUAUGAAAAACCCACUCUGAAAACUUGAAUCAAUUCAAUCAAUACUUGGUGUAAUUUGCUUAAAUGCUAUAAAACCGUCUUACUAACUUUGUUUCUGGUAAGACACUGGAAAAGCGAUAAUCGGAAGUAGAUUUGACUCCAAAGGCUAGCAGAUGCUAGCCACCGCCAGUGGACAGUAGAAGCUAACAGCCAAGGAAGCCACUCAUGCAUUGUCCUGCAGUGUGAAGAUCAUCUUCCUCCAGAGCAACAAACGCAGGAAAACCAACAUGAUACACACUACUACCAGUGCUGUCAUCGCUAAGAGGACCAGCGGGGCCACGCUCUGAGAGCCCGGAGCCAUGAACUCUGUGUCCCCCAGCGCGGUGCAGUAUGUGGGGGGAGCAUUGCAGGAGGAGCUGCUGGAGGGCCAGAGGACCGGCAGCCCUGCCCGCAGGCUGCCCGGGGGCCCGGAGGCCGCGACGGAGCCCGACGAAGUGGACAAACUCAAGGCCAAGCUAAUGUCUGCGUGGAACAACGUCAAAUAUGGAUGGUCCGUCAAGUCCAAGACGUUCUUCAACAAGACCUCCCCCAUCACGGUGCUGGGCCAGUCCUACCUGCUCAACAGUGAGGACGAGGUGGAGCGUUUCCACGGAGCGUUCGUCUCCAGGCUGUGGCUGACCUACAGGAGAGAGUUCCCCCAGCUGGAGGGGUCCAGUCUCACCACUGACUGUGGCUGGGGCUGCAUGCUGCGCAGCGGGCAGAUGCUUCUGGCCCAGGGCCUGCUGGUGCACCUCAUGCCCAGAGACUGGGUGUGGCCCGACGCCCAGCAGCUAGAGGACGUGGACUUCGAAGUGUUCCGGCCGCGCUCCCCCGUCCGCGCGGGGGGCGUGCCUAUCCCCAGCUUCGGCUCCCCCCGGGGGUCCGGCGCCCCCCCGAAGUCUCUGACUGGCCAGCAGGUGGCCGCCGGCGGUGUCCAGAGGAAGAGGCCGGGCUCUGCUAGGGACAGGCAGGCGGAGCUGCACCACCGCCAGCUGCUGUCCUGGUUCGGGGACCACCCCCCCGCGCCGUUCGGGGUGCACCUGCUGGUGGAGCUGGGCAAGAGCUCCGGGAAGCGGGCCGGGGACUGGUACGGCCCGUCUGUGGUCGCCCACAUCCUGCGGAAAGCGGUGUGUAAAACCACCGAGGUCAACAACCUGGCCGUCUAUGUGGCCCAGGAUUGUACAGUGUACAAGGAGGACGUGUUGCAACUGUGUGAGCCUUCGCCUUCGAGGGACAAGGGCCCCCAGAUCUCCUCCAACGGCCCCCAGAUCUCCUCCAACGGCCCCCAGAUCUCCUCCAACGGCCCCCAGAUCUCCUCCAACGGCCCCCAGAUCUCCACCAUCGGCCCCGACACCACCUGGAAGUCGGUCAUCAUACUGGUUCCUGUUCGCCUGGGUGGAGAGGCCCUCAACCCAGCUUACAUUGAGUGUGUCAAGCGCAUCCUGAAGCUGGAAUGUUGCAUCGGAAUCAUCGGUGGGAAACCCAAGCACUCGCUGUACUUCGUUGGCUUUCAAGAUGACCAGCUGCUGUACCUGGACCCCCACUAUUGCCAGUCCGUGGUGGAUGUCACACAGGCAGACUUCUCACUGGAGUCCUUCCACUGCAGCUCACCCAGGAAGAUGCCCUUCAGCCGCAUGGACCCCAGCUGUACCAUCGGCUUCUACGCAAAGAACCAGAAGGACUUUGAGUCUCUGUGUUCAGCCGUCAGCGAGGCUCUGUCCUCAUCCACGGAGAAGUACCCCAUCUUCACCUUCAUGGAGGGCCAGGGUCAGGACUACGGACUGGAAGGCCAGAGUCCUGCCGGGCCGACCCACAUCCUGCCCCCGGGGAGGCUGAGCAGCAGGAGCAGCAGCACCAGAGCCAGCACGGACGACUUUGUCUUCCUGUGAAGCCGGCUCCCACACGGAUGAGCUGCUGGGAGGAAGUGGGGAGGCGGGCCCUGCCGACACUGACCACCAGGGGGAGGGAAGGAGAGCCUGUGCGGACUCUAUACUCUCUUCCUCCAUCGCUAUGGGCUGGAGACGUCCCUUCAGCACAGAGGGUGGCAGGAGAGCAUCGCUGUUUGUUUUCCUUUACAAAAUAAGCUUGCAAAUAGCCGGAAAAAAGAACAUCAGAUAAACAACUUCAUGAAAGAGUGGAGCUGUGCUUCGUUUACUAUACUGGACACUAAAAAUGGCCCGACACAUGGCAAGAUAUAAGAUGCAUCAAGUAAGCAUCAACUAAGACUUAGAAAGGUUUUUUUCUAGCUCCAGGCAACUUAUUUUGCCCACCUUUCAGCGUGUGGCACAGAAGUGUGUCAUUGGGUUGCACAUGGUAUGAAAUGGACACAUCAAAUACCAUGGGAGAGAGUAAUAUAAUAUAGUCCUAAUUUAUAAUUUCAUCAACUCGAUUAAUUUAUCGUGUACGUGUACGUGUGUGUGUUUUUCGUUUUCUCUCUUGUGUUGCGUCGUGCACCAGGCACCGACUCGUCAGUUGAAUUCAUAGGUGUCUCGUACCUAUGGCUCUGCUAUCUAACCCUACACACGAUGCACAAUUCUGCAGGCUCUCCCCACUUUGUGCUCUACUCGGGCCUGGCCUACACUAUCCUUAGCAACCUCACAGAAAUUAGCCUGCUCAAAUCUUUCUGCUUCUCAGUCCAGCAACCCUAUACGUCCUAAAUUAAGAUAAAGUCAAUACAGGAAGAUUGUAAAUGUGUGUUUCUUUCCCCUGAGCUCUGGUUGCUUCAUUGCUUGUUGAGUUGAGUAAAGAAGGGUUGUUUGGUUUAGAGUUGCUAUGUUGUGUCUUUUGAUUUAUUGUUAUGUUGUGUUCUUUGUUAAAUGGCUGGUUAUUACAAGUUACUCUGUUGCUUGGAUUCUUCCAAUUAAAUGUCGGCCACUGGAACAUUUGUAUUUUAUUU